CAGCGAUCGAAAAUCGUACUAUUUUUCUCCCGUCGCAGCUGCCACGCGACUCGGCCGUUACCGCAAUCCACCCUAGCAACAAAGAAUCUUCAAGUCCGCUAACCCUGCCGAUUGCUGGGACGACGAGCUCGCGACAUCCGUCAUCGUCAUCGUCCGCCACACCUCAUCGCAACCCCUCUUUGCGCGUCGCGAGGGCUUUUGAUCCUUGACACGCACGUUCGAGUAACGAUCGAUCCUAAAGAACACCCCGUAGCAGCGUGAAAAUGUCGGGCGAGGCGUGGCUAUACCUCUUCGCCGUCAUCAUAAAUGCGGUCAACCUGUUCCUGCAGGUGUUUUUCACCAUCAUGUACAGCGAUCUGGAAUGCGACUACAUUAACCCGAUUGACCUCUGCAACCGCCUCAAUACAUACAUCAUUCCCGAAGUUGCUGUCCACGGAUUCCUGACCUUCCUGUUCUUGAUCAACGGAUACUGGCUUCCGCUGAUUCUCAACCUACCCCUGGUUGCGUACAAUGCCAAGAAGAUCAUCGACAACACUCAUCUCCUCGACGCCACUGAGAUCUUCAGGAAGCUCAACGUUCACAAGAAGGAGUCCUUCACAAAGCUCGGCUUCCAUCUCGUUCUGUUCUUCUUCUACCUGUAUAGCAUGAUUGUCGCUCUGAUCAAGGACGAGGCUCACUAGGCGUCUUCUCGACCGAUCAUGUUCGUCCAACGAACUCCUCUCUGACUUGCUGUCUUGGAGGAGUUCCGGGAUGUUGUCGGCUUGGGGGGCGCGCUGCGGUUUCCAAAUCGGCGAGUCUCCGUCCAUUUAGAUAGAUGGCUUCUGGGCGGCACAGGGCGUUGGUAAUGGCAGCACGAACACGGAUAUGAGAUACAUGACGGCAGAUGAAGGCUACGGCGAGUAAUGAUGGGUCUGAGUGCCGGAUUGGGGUUAACUGACAGGGCUCGGCAACGGAUACGGGCGUGAUAUCCGUAGCUCGAUGGCAUCGGGAUCUGGAUAAAAGUGUUACAGACUCGGGAGAUGCCUCCCAUUCUCGGCUAGCGCAUGGACACGGCACGGCUGAGUUCGCUUUCUGAUUCUAGAUUGGCGCAGUCAUGGGCGGGAAGUUUCAGCGGCGUUAGCUCUGGGAGUUCUCCGGGUCAUUUCCUCGUUUGUAUUGUACUCCAUACUACGAAUAUUGGACUGCUCAUGUGGGGGAG